ACCCCCCUCACCUGCUUCUCUCUUUGCAACUCAAUUCCUUUGCCGAGUUCUCUCUCUUCAUAUUUCGCACUCUAAACUUCCAAAAAAACUACAACAAAAACCCUCUUCACUUCCUUCUUCUUCUUUUACUGGAAGUCACAAGUCUUCAUAGGACUUGGGUAUGUGCGGUGGUUCUGAAAGUAAACUUUGCACCUCAAAAUUUCUCAUGGAGGGUGAAUUCCACAAGCAAAAAGAUGUUGACUUGUAUACCAAGUUCUCACUUUUGCUCGAAUUGUCAGCUUCUGAUGAUCUCGCUGCCUUCAAGAAUGAAAUAGAAGUGACGGGUUUUGAUGUCGAUGAGGCAAGCUUCUGGUAUGCUAGAAAAUUUGGGUUGAAAAAGAUGGGGUUUGAAGAGAGGACCCCUCUUAUGAUUGCUGCCAUGUUUGGAAGUCUUGAGGUCUUGAAGUAUAUCAUCGGAACUGGCAAGGUUGAUGUGAAUAGGGCCUGCGGUUCUGAUGGAAUCACUGCCCUUCACUGUGCUGUCGCCGGUGGUGCAAACUCUGUAGUUGAGGUUGUCAAGCGCUUGCUUAAUGCCUCUGCCGAUGCUAAUUGUGUUGAUGCUAAUGGGAAUAAACCAAUUGAUUUUGUUGCUGUAGCCAUGAAGUCGUUACGCAAUUCAAGAAGAAGGGCAGUCGAGUUAUUGUUGAAAGGUGAUCAAACUGUCUUUGAAGAGGAAGAAUUGGAGAUGAUUACAGUGCCUCAGUUAUCAAAAGAAGGAACGGAGAAGAAAGAGUAUCCUAUUGAUACAUCUUUGCCUGAUAUAAACAAUGGUAUUUAUGGAACUGAUGAGUUUAGAAUGUUUACUUUUAAGGUGAAGCCUUGUUCAAGGGCUUAUUCACAUGAUUGGACAGAGUGCCCGUUUGUUCAUCCAGGUGAGAACGCAAGGAGAAGAGACCCUAAGAAGUACCCUUAUAGCUGUGUCCCUUGCCCUGAGUUCCGCAAGGGGUCAUGUCCAAAGGCAGAUGGUUGUGAGUAUGCACAUGGUGUUUUUGAGUCCUGGCUACAUCCUGCCCAGUACAGAACCCGGCUUUGCAAGGAUGAGAUUGGUUGCAACCGCAAAGUUUGUUUCUUUGCACACAAGCCUGAAGAGUUGCGCCCUGUAUAUGCAUCCACCGGUUCAGCUAUGCCUUCUCCGAGCUCUAUUUCAGUCAGUGCGGUCGACAUGGCAACUAUGAGUCCAUUGUCACUUGGUUCAGCAUCUUUGCCGUUGCCUGCAUCUUCAACUCCUCCAAUGUCUCCGUUGGCUACUGGUUCAUCUCCCAAGAGUGGAAGUUUGUGGCAGAACAAAGUUAAUCUCACCCCACCUGCCUUGCAGUUGCCUGGUAGCCGGUUGAAGACUACUUUUAGUGCAAGGGAUUUGGACUUGGAGAUGGAAUUGCGUGGGCUGGAGAACCAUGUCAGCAAUAUGCGGCAACAACAAUUUAGGGAUGAGAUAUCAAGUCUCUCCUCACCAUCUUGUUGGAGCAGGGAAUACACUAGGAUUGGAGAUUUGAAGCGUAACCUUGAUGAUUCUUUUGAAUCUCUUGAUCCUUCUGUAUUGUCUCAGUUGCAGGGAGUUUCAACCCAGUUGCAGUCACCAACUGGACUUCAAAUUCGCCAGAACAUGAGCCAACUUCGUGCAAGCUAUCCAGCUACUACCCUUUCAUCUUCUCCUGUGAGGAAACCCUCAACAUUUGGGUACGAUUCAUCUGCUGCAGUUGCAGCUGCAGUGAUGAAUUCAAGGUCCACUGCCUUUGCAAAGCGAAGCCAGAGCUUUGUUGACCGUGGAGCAGUGACCAGUCGUGCUGGCCUUACAGCACCUUCUAACCCUGCAUCCAUGAGGACCACUAAUCUAUCAGAUUGGGGCUCCCCCGAUGGGAAAUUGGAUUGGGGAAUGCAAGGAGACGAGCUGAGCAAGCUUAAGAAGUCUGCUUCAUUUGGGUACCGUAGCAACAAUCUAACAACAAAAUCCGCAACUGCAGCAACAGGCUUGAUGCCAUCAUCAAAUGUUGACGAGCCUGAUGUAUCGUGGGUUAAUACCCUGGUGAGAGAUGUUCCUCCAGUAGGAAAUGGAAUGUUUGGCUCCGAGAAGCAGCAACAUAAUUUAUGGAUGGAGCAAUUGUACAUAGAACAGGAGCAGAUGGUGGCAUAAUGAACAUCUAUUUGCUCCUGCCCUAUCCUAACUAAAUUGAUAUUCUUUUGUAUUCCACGAUUGUAGUUGAGGUUUAGGAAGAACAAAAAAAGAAUGAGCAACUGCUCAUUUCAUUCAUAGUUUAGUCCAAAGAAAAAGCAACAUGGAAAAAGAGAAGAAAAAAUUUGUUUAUUUUUUUUACAUUAUUAUUUUCUCCCUCUGUAAGAUUGAUUUGUAUGUUUAUUGGCAAAAGAAUGUACCUCA